AUGCCCGCCUCGCCAAACUACGAAUCGAUAAGCCAGCACGAUACCGACGAUCUCCCUGUCACUCCCGGUGAUACUCCAGGCGGCCGACGCAGACGCCAGCGCCAUGGAAAGUCGCUUCUCCCUACCGGCGAAGCCUCAUGGCUAAGUAGUGUUAUCAAUCUCAUGAAUACCAUUGUCGGCGCCGGUGUUCUUGCGAUGCCUCAUGCGAUGGCAAAGUUCGGAAUCACGCUAGGUGUAUUCGUGAUUGUCUUCUCGGGCUGUAUGAGUGGCUUCGGACUGUACCUGCAGGCACGGUGCGCAAAGUAUGUCGAGAGGGGCACGGCGAGCUUCUUUAGUCUUAGCCAGUUGACAUAUCCAAAUGCCUCAGUCGUUUUUGAUGCUGCGAUUGCGAUAAAGUGUUUUGGUGUGGCUGUAUCAUACCUAAUCAUCAUCGGUGACCUCAUGCCACAGGUAAUCCUCGGCUUCAACGAGAGUGCAGGCAGCAUCGACUACCUCAUGGAUCGUCGCUUCUGGAUUACCGCCUUCAUGCUAAUCGUGAUCCCAUUGUCAUUUCUGCGCCGCCUGGACUCGCUCAAGUACACAUCCUUCAUUGCCCUUGUCUCCAUCAGCUACCUGGUUGUCCUUGUGCUUGCGCACUUCAUCAUCGGCGACACACUUUCGGAUCGGGGCCCCAUCCGUCCCCUCAUUCCCUCGUCAACCAUUGAUGUUCUUAGCGCCUUCCCCAUCAUUGUUUUUGCCUACACUUGCCACCAGAACAUGUUCUCCAUUGUCAACGAGAUCGGCGACAACUCUCACGGUAGCACUCUGAGCGUUAUCUUUGGCUCGAUUGGUUCCGCAGCUUUCAUCUACCUGCUCGUGGCAAUCACAGGAUACCUCUCGUAUGGUGACAAUGUGGCUGGGAAUAUCAUUGCAAUGUAUCCCGGUGCGUGGACGAGCACGGUGGGCAGAGCCGCAAUUGUGAUCUUGGUGGUGUUUAGCUACCCGCUGCAGGCACAUCCGGCAAGGGCUAGUGUGGACAACGUGCUCAAGUGGCGGCCAGCGCGAGGUGGUGCGGCUGGGAGACCCAUGAUACCGGUUGCCAGGAGCACUGAGAUGAGCGAUCGCCGAUUUGCAAUCAUCACGACACUGAUUUUGAUCGGGACGUUUUUGACGGCAAUCAUGGUGAACAGUUUGGAGAAGGUACUGGCGUACGUUGGCAGCACUGGAAGCACCAGUAUUAGUUUCAUCUUGCCGGGGAUUUUCUACUGGAAGAUCUCGAACCCAGAGGCUGACCACCACGCGCUACUGAAGGACCACGAGGACUUGGACGACGAGGAGGUGGGAGAGUUUGUCGGCAGUGUUGACAACUGGAAGACCAGGCUGCUAAGGAGAGGGGCGCUGGCGCUCGUGUGCUAUGGGUUUCUGGUUAUGUUCGUGUGUCUGGGUGUUAAUAUCCUCGGACAUCCGAGUCAUUGA